AUGCGACCCCUGUGGCUCUGCUGGGCACUCUGGGCGAUGCCCCUGGCCAGCCCCGAGGCAGCUUUGUCUGGAGAGCAGGUCCUGGACAGCCUGUUGAAGCAGCUGCAGCUGGACCAGCCACCCGUCCUGGACGGGGACGCUGCGGAGGGACUGGCCAUCCCUGCCCACGUGCGGGCCCAGUACGUGGCCCUGCUGCAACACAGCCACGCUGAUCACUCCCGUGGGAAGAGGUUCAGCCAGAACUUCCGAGAGGUGGCGGGCAGGUUCCUGGUGUCCGAGGCUUCCACGCAUCUGCUGGUGUUCGGCAUGGAGCAGCGGCUGCCCCCCAACAGCGAGCUGGUGCAGGCCGUGCUGCGCCUCUUCCAGGAGCCGCUUCCCAGAGCCGCGCUCCGCAGGCACGAGCGGCCCACCCCGCGCAGCGCCCGCGCCCGGGUCACCAUCGAGUGGCUGCGCGUCCGCGACGACGGCUCCAACCGCACCGCCCUCAUCGACUCCAGGCUGGUGUCCAUCCACGAGAGCGGCUGGAAAGCCUUCGACGUGACCGAGGCCGUGAACUUCUGGCAGCAGCUGAGCCGGCCGCGGCAGCCGCUGCUGCUGCAGGUGUCGGUGCAGCGGGAGCACCUGGGCCCCGGGGCCUCGGGCGCGCACAGGCUGGUGCGCUUCGGGGCGCAGGGGGCGCGGGGCGAGCCUCAGCUGGAGCUGCACACGCUGGACCUCAAGGACUAUGGAGCUCAAGGCAACUGUGACCCUGAGGCACCUGUGACAGAGGGCACCCGCUGCUGCCGGCAGGAGACCUACCUGGACCUGCAGGGGAUGACCUGGGCUGAGAACUGGGUGCUGGAGCCCCCAGGGUUCCUGACCUAUGAGUGCGUGGGCAGCUGCCUACAGCCGCCUGAGGCCCUGACCUUCAAGUGGCCGUUUCUGGGGCCCCGACAGUGCAUUGCCUCAGAGACAGCCUCGCUGCCCAUGAUCGUCAGGAUGAAGGAGGGAGGCAGGACCAGGGCCCAGGUGGUCAGCCUCCCCAACAUGAGGGUGCAGAAGUGCAGCUGUGCCUCGGAUGGGGCACUGGUCCCAAGGGGGCUGGAGCCCUGGGCCUGAUGUUACCAGUGAGUCCUCUAAUCAGACCUGCAUGGUGGCAGGUCUGAAUGUAGGUCUCAAUUUUACAGUAAUUUUUUUUUUACAAAUUUACUUAGCGAGUUAUCCUUGUCCUUAGUGCCCGUGUGUUACCUCUGCCCCAUAUUCUUCCAUUUCCUGUCCUUGUCCACCUCCCAGCCUAAGCACUUACAUGAGUAAAUAAUGCCGUUCCACUGAGAAACCCUGGCUCACUUAGCAGAGGACGCGGCUGAGCAACAGAUUGCCAGCUGAGAGUAUAUUCUGGCACAUUCUCAGCUGAUGGUGGAACAAAAGUAGCGAAAUAGCUGACUUACUCUAUAAUCUGAUAAAUUAGAACAAAACAAAAAUCCCUAUGCCCCCUAGACAGCAAGGACAUAAUGGGAAAGAAAUCCCUUUGUCCAAAAUACUGACUUGUUCUAGGAUUUUUAAAACACAUCUAGGUUCCUGUUCCUGACAGGGUCCUAUAGAGGAGGUAAUAUAAACAGCUACAGACUGGGGCAGUGGACACA